UCCAAUCACAGCUGAUCACAUGUAAACACGGAAAUGGAACAUGUACACUGAUCAUCAGGGCACUGAUGAUCAGUGUGCUCUGAUGAUCAGUGUAACACCAGCAGUGCCACCUGUCAGUGUCCAUCAGUGCCAGCUGUCAGUGCCGAUCAGUGCCAUGUGCCAGUCCCUAUCAGUGCCACAUGAAUGCCACAUAGUGCAUACAGUGCACAUCAAUGCCACAUAUCAGUGCCCAUCUGAGCUGCCUUUCAUCAGUGCCGCUUAUCAGUGUGCCUAUCAGUGCCGCCUAUCAGUGCUGCCUUUCAGUGCCCAUCAGUGAUGCCUGUCAAUGCCCAUCAGUG